AUGGGACCGUACAGGGUUUUGGAGAGGAUCGGACCUGUUGCGUACAGGCUGGAAUUGCCACCAGCAAUGGAUGCUUUUCACAAAUUUUUCCCUGUGUCCUUGCUACGGAAAUGCAUAACACAUCGGGAGAAUAUUAUCUCUGAAUCGCCGCCAGACUUGCAGGAAAAUAUGACUAUUGUAGGCAGACCAGUUCGGAUAGUGGAUCAGAAAAUAUGGACCAACCAAAAGAAGAUGGUUAAGCUGAUUCAAGUAGUUUGGGAUUGUGAUGGCGGAGAGGAAACGACUUGGGAACCGGACGAGGUGAUGAAGGCUAACUUCAAGAAAUGGUUUGUAAACUAG